AUGGUUAUUUAUUACGUGGCAAUUAAAUUUAAAUUGACUAUAUAAAACAAAUUAAAGGCGACAUCGUAUCAUAGCAAUAAUUUUCAUACAUAAUAAAGAAAAUUUUAUUCUAAUAUCAUAAUAUUGAGAAUUAAAAUGGUAAAAAUUAAAUUGUUUGAGAACCAAGCAGUACGGACCUUUUUCCAGGGUCAAGCAACAAAUUUUACAGGGUUUAUUGCGAGAAUAUUAGGAUUUAGGAGAGUAAAUAAUCAACGUAAAUUUAUUUUUCUGAUUUCGGAGGGAUUUUUGACAAGAUACAUGAUAUGUUUUGACAAUCCUCUAAACGAUGUAUUGAAGAGGAUGGAAUUGCACCAGAUUGUUAUUAUUAAACGAUCAAGACCAAGAUUUGGGAUUAUUCAAGAACUAACUAACGAUCCUCUUGUAAAUGAAUUCAGGUUCGAAAUUAACAAUAUCCAAAAUUUGAUUAUAACAAAUAUAAAAUUAGAAAUGGACGAUUUUAUAAACAUGCCUAAUUUUGAAGUUGAGCUUGAAUCAGAGGAUGAAAAUUAAGAAAUUUAUUUACUUAGUGGUUACAAUCAUCACCAUUUUACUAUGGGAACUCAAGUUUAAAAAAAAAUAUUCAACUCCUUAAACCAGAAGCACAAGUUCAAAAAUUUUUUAAUGAAUGUGAGAAA